AUGGCAACUUGCCAGGAGAUAGUAUGGGAACACCAUGAGAGGGGGCAGCUGGUGGAGUUAGUAGACACAGCAUUGAAUGGAAUAUUCAAUGUUGAGGAGGCUUGCAGAUUCCUAAAGAUUGGCCUACUCUGCACUUAUGACAUGCCCAAGCUCCGACGAUCCAUGUCUACUGUUGUUGAGAUGCUGACAGGUGAAAGAGAUGUGAAUGAGGAGAAGAUAUCCAAACCAGUACUGCUUUCUGAAUUCAUGGAUCAAGACAGAAGGCCAUAG